UACUGUGUGAGCUGUGAUUGGUCACAGCUUGUCACAUGGUACAAGGCUGUUGUGAAUAGCCUUGUACCAUGUGACCUCUACGUAGUAAGCAAUGAUGUCAGUGAUUACAUGAUCGGGACCUCACACAGGAGGUCCCAUACAGCGAUCAGUGUUCCACUGUGUCCCAGAGGACACAGCCACCCGCCCCUGCACUGCUCCUGUCCGGCCCAUGUAUAUAAACGGCCGGACAGGAGCAGUGCAGGGUCGGGUGGCCGU